AUGAGUAAAUGCGCUGAGUGUUCGUUGUUGAUAAGCGUUACUGAGAAGCUUAAUUGCCAUGAUUGCUCUAAAUCUUACCACUGCACUUGUACCGGCAUGGAAAAGGAUGAUUACAAAAAGCUUUCAGCUAGAGCAAAAAAGGCUUGGAAAUGCGAGGACUGUGUUUCUACCGUGGAGGGCGUUAAGACUCCUGAGCCCUCAAAAGAGCUUGAUAGCGCAUUGAUUGGACUUUCCAGUACUCAAACAGCAGCUUUAGAAAACAGACUGAGUCGCAUGGAAUCUUCCAUGUUGUCUAAAAUCACAGAUUUGUUUGAGACUACUGUGCUACGCACCAUACGUUCGGAUUUGGAUAAUCUGCGGAAGGACAUGGAAUCGCUUCUCGAGCUUAAAGCAUCCGUGGAACUUAUGAGCGAGAUUCAUGAUGACACUAUUAAAGAACUUAAAAGCCUACGUAAAGAGGCUCAUGAUCUACGUACAAAUAAUAUUAAACUCCAAAAGGAUUUAAAUGACCUACACCAUCGAAUCGACCAAAUGGAUCAGCAUGCUCGCGCAAACAAUUUAGAGAUUCAAUGUUUGCCCGAAUUCUCUAAUGAAAAUUUAGUGACGUCAGUGAAACAGCUGGCGUCAGUGGUGUGCUGUUCUCUUGACGAUAAAGAAAUUAUGUCCUGUUCUAGAGUCGCCAAAGCUAAUCCAUCCUCUUCGAGACCACGAUCGGUGGUUGUGAAGCUGUGCUCUCCCAGGAAACGCGAUGAAUUGCUGGCUGCCUGCCUUAAGUAUAACAAAGCUAAAUCUUUGGAAGAUGAUAAACUUAACUCCGCUACACUGGGUAUCUGCGGUGGCAAACAACGCAUCUACGUUGCCGAACACUUGUCACCUAAGAAUCGUGAACUUCAGGCUAAGGCUCGCCAAUUCAAGAAAGAUAAAAAUUACAGUUUCCUUUGGGUCCGUAAUGGAAGAAUUUUGCUUAGAAAAGAUGACAAAUCACCAGCCGUCUGGGUUAAGAAUAUGGAAGUCCUAAAGAAUUUAGAAUAA